GAGAAGAGGCAGGCGCACGACAGGCUGGCCAGGAGAUACGGGUCCAGGUGCGCCGACGCUGAGGCCGCCGCACUGGAGUGCCUGCAGGGCGUUGCCGUGAAGGGCGACGUGCGCAUGAAGAUGGGGCAGAGAGCCCUCACCCUGAGCAAGCAGGCCAGGCUAGCUGAGCACGAGUACUACGUCAGCAUUGACGAGCUUAACAGGGCGCAGGCCCUGCACGACGAGCACAUGCCGAGAGUGCUGGCAGCAAUCCAGGACAUGGAAGACAAGAGAGGCAAGCUGCUGAAGGACGGGCUGAUGAAGCUCGAGGUCUUCGAGACCUCGUGGCUUCGCAACCUGCAGUACGACCUGGAAUCUGUCGUGAAGGCCGCCGAGGCCGCGGACGCCGGCCAGGACCUGCAGGCGUACAUCCGGCAGAAUCGGUCCGAG